AUGUUUGGAAGCAUUCUUCAAAAGCAGCAGCCGCAGUUCCCCCAAGUCCUACAACAACCCUCGCUGCCUCGCCCGCCGCAGGAGUCGCAAAAGCCGCAGUUGGCACCCGAGGCGCAGCAUCCUGAACCCCCUCAGAGGCCGGCGCCAGUACCGAAGCCGCAGCAGUCAAGGCCCAAGGAAUCCGAGAGUCCCCGGGAGCGGAGAGAACCUCAGGGAUCACCACAGAAAUUGCAGCUUUUCCCGCAGUUACGACAAUCACAAGAAUCACAGCGGCCAAGCUUGCCAGACCGGCGGCAAGUCAAGGUGGACAAGCUCAACCUGCCCGCAGCCAAGGAGUACCGGGAUGGCUCCGUGCCUUACGAGAUAGUGGUGCCGCAGAGAUCGACGUCCCCUUCUCCGACAGGCUCAUCAUCGGUUGCCGUCUCUGCCCAUGAUCAGGCUCCUCCUGCAAACAACAACCUUCCUCCUCGCGUGUCCUCGCGGGCCCGAUCCAACACCACCACAGCAGUGGCCAACUUCCCCAAUCCCGCCAUGAACAAACCGCAAUCGCAGAUGAGGAAAAGAACAUCGUCUGUUUCUACCCCCUCCCGCGCCCCCCAAACCCUGCCCGCAGACGCCGAACCGAUGCCGGAGCGACGUGACCGCCUCAUCUCCAAGUUCCACCGAAAAGAAUCACUAUCAGACGACACUGACGACAAAGUCACUCACUCGACCGAAUCUCUUGUUUCUGCUCCGACACACGCACCGCCACAACCUCGAUCUAUCCUCAAGAAGCCAACGGCACCCCCGCCGCCUCCCCCUUCCAACCGCUCAGCCGAGCACAUUGCGCCUCCAAAGCAGCACCAGUCCAAACCCUCCGAGGCAUCUACUAUCCGGAGUGAAACAGACGAGGAGGGGGUUGAAAAGGCUCUGUACGAGGCCGUGGAGAUUUCCAUCGCGCGCCAGAUUAGUGUGUCAAGGCAGCAGCGGAGAUUGCUGGUGCCUCUCGACCGCUCCGCUUCAAGGAGGGGUGCGAACUCGCCAGACGCGGCUGCCAAGAUCAACCUGGGCAAGAAUAAGAGGCUCGUCGAGACGAAGACCGCGGUGCCGGUCCUGAUCCAUCAGGCUAACAGGACGAACUUUUCGCACGGGGGAUCGCGAAAGAGCUCGCGUGUGGUUCUCGAGGGGGCGUGA